AUGAGCAGUCAAGGGGAACACGAGAAGGCAUUGGGGGCCUUAGCAUCUGCUGAAGAGCUCCUGGAAGCCGCCGGAUCUCCGGACAACUUGGCCGCAGGGUACUUCAUGCAGCGUGGCGCCACCUUCGCCCAUCUGAAGCGAUUUGGAGAGACGUUGCAGGAGUUUGGGCGGGCAAGGGACAUUUUUAAGAAGCACAAUGAUAUGAAGAACCCGGAAAUAGUCACCGUCUCCGGAAAUAUGGCCAUUGCUGCUUCUGCCAUUGGCCGGAGAAAGGAUGCAAUGCUUUUCUUUAAUGAGGCCAGCGAAAUCCUUGAUGCCCUUGGUGAUGAUCAAAUGAAAGCAUAUAUCCUCAGUAGCAUGGGAGCAGCUUGCGUUGGAGCAGGAGCCUUCGAACAGGGGUUCUCGCAUAUGAAGCAAGCACAGAAGGCGCUGCUCAAAGCUGGUUUGGGUGACACCCCAGAAGGAGCACUGCUUUUGUCUCAAAUGGGAUCCAUCCUCUACCAGAUGGCAAUCUAUUCUCAGGCCAGCCUGCAUUUUGACUUUGCACGCGACCGUUAUUUCAAGAACGGUGAUUUGGUGCAGACGGUGUGGAUGUGGUAUUUGAGCAACUUGAGUAGCUUCAGGGGGUGGCUUUGGGAUACUGAGCAGUCCCUCUAUCAAUAA